AUGAGGCAGCAGGUUGAUCCCUCGGCUCAUACUAUCAAAUCCCAUGGAGCCGCACUUGCAAGAAAUCACGCUCGCGAUUGGCUUGUUUUGUUACUUCUCAUAGUUAUAGACGUUGUCCUUUUUGUCAUUAAUCCAUUUUAUCGCUUUGUGGGAAGGGACAUGAUGGAAGACCUUAAAUAUCCUUUGAAAGAAAACACGGUGCCCAUUUGGGCUGUUCCUUUAUAUGCGGUUCUGUUGCCAAUGGCCGUUUUCCUUCUCUUUUAUAUGCGCAGGAGAGAUGUAUAUGAUUUACACCACAGUGUUCUAGGUUUGUUAUUUGCUGUUCUGAUCACUGGAGUCUUAACCGAUUCAAUAAAAAAUGCAGUUGGCCGGCCUCGGCCAGACUUCUUUUGGCGUUGCUUCCCCGACGGAGUGGAGAAUUAUGAUAAAUGGGGAGGUGUGGUAUGUCAUGGCAAGCAGAGCGAUAUAAAAGAAGGACACAAGAGUUUCCCAAGCGGUCAUACAUCAUGGUCCUUUGCGGGUCUUGGUUUUCUCUCUCUGUACCUAUCGGGAAAGAUUAAAGCUUUUGAUCACAAAGGGCACGUCGCAAAAUUAUGCAUUGUUUUUCUUCCUCUUCUUCUUGCUUGCCUGGUUGGAAUCUCUCGCGUGGAUGACUAUUGGCAUCAUUGGCAAGAUGUGUUUGCUGGAGGACUUAUAGGGCUAGUUGUGGCAACCUUUUGCUAUAUGCAGUUCUUCCCUGCUCCCUGCAGCAACCACGGAUGGGGUCCACAUGCAUAUUUCCGGGCAAUGGAAGAAUCACGAGGCAAUGCAAACACGAGCAGGGACUCACCCGUUGUGCAGGCCAUGGAGGAAGGGGUUACGAAUGAAGAACCAAGGAGAAACGGUGUUCGGAGACACCAAGCCUCGUUCGUUCCAUUUUCAAUUUCAGCCUUCUUGCUUUCUCCUUCCACUGCCUCGAAUCUCGUGCACGUCCAGUUGCAGAAAAAAAUGCCAGAAAUUCAGUUGGGUAUGCAUACUAUCAGAUCACAUGGAACAAGAGUGGCAAGGAUACAUAUGCACGACUGGUUGAUUCUUUUGCUUCUUGUGAUCAUCGACGCUGUCUUGAAUAUAAUAGAGCCAUUUCACCGUUUCGUUGGAGAAGGGAUGAUGACAGACCUUAGAUACCCAUUGAAAGAUAAUACUAUUCCCUUCUGGGCUGUUCCGAUAAUAGCGAUACUGUUACCACUGGCUGUUUUUCUCGUUUACUAUUUCAUUCGAAAGGAUGUCUAUGACUUCCACCAUGCUAUAUUGGGCCUUCUAUUUUCUGUACUCAUUACUGCGGUGAUAACUGAUGCUAUCAAGGAUGGUGUUGGACGGCCAAGGCCAGAUUUCUUCUGGCGUUGUUUCCCAGAUGGAAAAGGGGUGUUUGAUCCAGUAACAAGCAAUGUUCAGUGUACUGGAGAUAAGGGUGUUAUUAAGGAAGGACAUAAAAGUUUCCCCAGUGGACAUACCUCUUGGUCCUUUGCUGGUCUUGUUUAUCUUUCCUGGUAUCUAUCUGGCAAAAUUAGAGUAUUUGACCGCAGGGGCCAUAUUGCAAAGCUGUGUCUUGUUUUCUUACCAAUCCUCGUGGCAGCUAUGAUUGCUGUCUCUCGUGUUGAUGAUUAUUGGCAUCAUUGGCAAGAUGUGUUUGCUGGAGGUCUUAUAGGGACGACAAUUGCUUCCUUUUGUUACUUACAAUUCUAUCCACCUCCUUACGACCUAGAUGGUUGGGGACCUCAUGCAUAUUUCCAGAUGUUAGCUGAAUCUCGUAAUGGUGCUCAGCCCCCUACCGUGAAUAAUGAUAUUCAUCAUGUGCAAUCUGCUGAGCUUCAGGCUGUAUCUUUGUACAUCCCACCUCAACAUGAUGCAGAUACACGAGGCAAUAGCUGGGAUUCAAGCCCCAUGUUAGGUGCAUCCCAAAAUGUCAGAACAAAUUGA